AUGGCUACACUUAAUCUACCAAACGGCAGAGGGGAUGACGAAAAGGAGUCGGUUGCGAGGACUUCAGGUUUGAGGCCCACGAGUUGGGUGCACAGUAUACAAGGAAGCCAAACAGACUUGGACUCGACGAGUCCGUCGUUAAGAAAACAGGCGAGCGCGGCAAGCCCGAGGAUUUCGAGCGAGGUCGUUGACACAGACGAACAUGAAGAACCGCCGCUGCCAUACUCAAAAGCCAGGUGUAUCGCGCUGGUCGUGACCACCACGGGGGCUGCUUUCACAAACAUUCUAUCAAUCCAAGCAGUCGUCAUUGCCCUGCCGACAAUCGGCCGGGAUCUCAACAUACCAGAUUCAAGACUCCAAUGGGUCGUUUCUUCGUAUGCUCUUUCCUUUGGCUGCUUCCUCCUGCUCUGGGGUCGCAUUGCGGACAUCUACGGCAUGAAAAAGAUCUUUGUGCUUGGCUCUGCAUGGGUCGCCAUUACCACGGCGCUGAACCCUCUCGUCAGGAACGAGAUUGGGUUUGACCUCUUCAGGGGUCUUCAAGGUUUGGGGGCCGCGGCAAACGUUCCCACAGCUCUCGGCAUUCUAGGAACUACAUUUCGGCCCGGGAGAGCUAAGACGAAUGCAUUUAGCGCAUAUGGCGCCGGCGCUCCGUUAGGUAGCAUCUUCGGCACCCUGAUGGCAGGCUUCAUCACCGCCAACGUAUCUUGGGUCUGGGUUUUUGGUGUGACGGCCAUGUUGGCUGGCGUGCUCACUGUGGCCGGCAUCUUUGUCAUCCCACCGGACGAGCCCAAGCCUCGGCCCGCCAGGGGUUCGGCCGGGGCGGCAGUCGACUGGAUCGGCGCCAUCCUCAUCACUUUUGGCCUUUUCGUGCUCCUGUUCGCGCUCACGCAAGGAAAUAUCACCGGGUGGAGGGCACCGUGGAUUCCGGUUCUGCUGGUCCUAAGUAUCGGCAUAAUCGGUGCCUUUGUCUACUGGCAACAUUGGCUCGAGAAGAAGGGCGACCGACCGGUGCUCGUCAAGCCAUCGCUGCUGAAGAAGAGCAAAGGCUUCGGUGCCGCCAUGAUGCUCAUGGGUCUCUUCUUCUCGUCCUUUAAUGGCUUCCUCGUCUAUGCGACGUACUAUUACCAGUCUUACCAGGGCCUUACUGUGCUCGACACGACACUCAGGUUCCUACCAACGGGCGUUGCCGGCAUCGCGACCGCCUUUGUGGCCUCGAAACUACUACGCCGGCUGCCAGCCUGGCUGAUCCUAUUUUUGGGCAAUGUGUGCGUGUCGGUUUCGAACUUGAUAUUUGCCCUGCCCAUCGACCCAAACGUGAGCUAUUUUGCCACGGGUAUGAUCGCCAUGUCGCUGAGCGUCUUUGGCGCAGACACCACGUGGCCUACGAUGACGCUGUUUACGUCCCGCGCCCUGCCAAAAGAAGACCAGGCACUGGGAGGCGCUCUGGUUAACGCCGUGGGCCAAGUCGGAAGGGCUGUGGGCCUGGCCAUCGCAACCUCGGUGCAGGUGUCGGUCAUGGCCAAUGUCAGGGGUACCCCGGUUGAGAGUGCCGGGCCUGUCCAGAUUGGUGACGGGGCGAGCUUGGACGGACUUCGUGCAGCCUUCUGGUUUAACUUUGCCGUUGGAGUCUGUGCAGCGGCCGUUGCGGCCAUCGCAUUCCGUGGAUCAGGCAUCAUUGGGAUACCUGAGAAGCAGACCACAACAGUUGAAUCGUCUACCUCAUCUAGUCCUAGUCAGGAAGACUGUGGCAUCAUACCGCCAGCAACGGUGGUGGCAGCAAAUCACGGCAAUCGGUCGAUUGUCUGA